CCAUGAAAGAUGCAAAGCAGAUAUAGUUGAGAUUCAAAAAGGAUCGCAGUCUGACAUUCUCCCUGAAAUCAGGAAGAGUAAGUUGAGGCAAUUUCUCCUGGGAAACUGGACCUGAAGAAACCUGUUCUGUUGGGGUGUAGCAGAUGAAAAAGUUAAUGAUUGUUACAGGCCAAGGCAGGUUAGGGGAGGACGAAAUGUCUACUGCAGCUGUUCUACUAAAGAGAAUGUCUUGUGAUUUUUCAGUGUCUACAGGGGAGGAAAUGUUGGUUAAUAGCAGAGGGAGGUCUCUUUGACUUCUCUUUUUCUAAUUUCACCAGCUCUGUUUUGAAGAGCAUGUUGGAAACUCACUAAUUUUGAUCUUCAAGUUGCCAUUUUCUAUUGCUUGGAGAAUCUCCCUCCUACUACCCCUCAUGCUGCUGUGGGCAUUGCUAUUGAUCCUUGGUUUGGUCAGCGCACAAGCUUCCAUUUCAAAGAAAGCCGUGGUACAUCUCAGCCCUCCAUGGACCACUAUCUUCAAAGGGGAGAAAGUGACUCUGACUUGCCAUGGAUUCAACUCCUCCAAACCAGGGACAACAUGGUGGUAUGAAAACCAACAAUUGCGAGACAGUUGGUCUACAAACAGCAUUGAGACUAAUCAGACUGGAGAAUACAGAUGCCAGACCCAGGACUCAGCCCUCAGUGACCCUGUGAACCUGGUAGUUUCUUCUGAUCUGUUGAUCCUGCAGGUCCCAUAUUCUGUAUUUGAAGGAGACACAUUGGUCCUGAGAUGCCAAGGACGUGAUCAUGUUGAGACCGCCACAAAUGUGACAUACUAUAAGAAUGGAAGGAUAUCUUCUUAUUUCCUUAAAUACUCUAAUUUCUCCAUCCCACGAGUUGGCUUAAGUUACAGUGGCAAAUAUCACUGCACAGGAGUUUUUAGGGGUACUUUUUUUGCUCAGAAAAGAAGUUCGAGAAAAGUAAACCUCCAAGUCCAAGAACUGUUUCCAUCUCCUGAGCUGAAAACCACAACCUCCCACCCCACAGAGGGAACCCCAAUGACCCUGAGCUGUGAGACCCAGCUUCCUCCACAGAGGUCAGACAUAGAGCUGCACUUCUCCUUCUUCAGAAAUAACAGAGUCAUCAUGUCAGGCUGGAAGAAGUCUCAGGUGCUCCAGAUCCCAGUCAUCUGGAGGAAAGACUCAGGGUCAUACUGGUGUGAGGCGAAAGCAAUGACUCAGAAUAUUUGGAAACAGAGCAACCAUGUGAAGAUCAGUGUGAAAAGAAUCCCCAUCUCUGGCAUCCUCAUGGAGACCCAGCCUUCUGGGGGGCAGGUGACUGAAGGAGAGAAGCUGGUCCUCAUCUGCUCAAUAGCUCGGGGCACAGGGAACAUCACAUUCUCCUGGCACAGAGUGGGCAUUAAGGCAAGUCUGGGAGAGAAGACUCGACAUUCUCUGAAGGAGAAGUUUGUGCUCUCUGUUAUGAAUGAGACUGAUGCAGGGGAGUAUUAUUGUACUGCUAACAAUGGCAUCAACAACAUCAGCAGCCUGACGGCUAAAGUCACUGUGAGAAGUAGAGAUCUCUCCUCCCAAGCCAACUCAAGUGAAAAUAUUGGUCGCUUGGCCCUUGGACUGAUUGUGACCCAGUUCAUUUUGAUUGGCCUCUCUGCUUCUGCUCUUCUAUUUUGCUUUGGACCUUGGAGUAAGCCAGUGUUCAGCACUCAUUCAGUUAUGCCGUAUUGAUUCUUCAUGACAUAAAAACCAUCCACCCAGAGAACUCAUCCACUUCGGAGAAGACUGGUACAAUAGAAAGCACACUGGCUCUGGAGGCGGAGGACCAGUGUUCAAAUACAUCUGCUGAUGUGCAGUACUUGUGUCAACUUUGUCAAGUGAUUUAACCUCCCUGGACCUCAGUUUGCUCAUUUGUAAAAUGAGUAGAUUGGAUUAGAUUAUCUCCGAGGUCCCUGACAGCUUUAUCUAUAUGCUACUAUAUUACCUUAAUAUGAACCUUAAAAUCCAAAGUCACCGAUGAUUUCUUAAUUACCAAAUCCAAUCAGCUUUUCUCAGUCCUCAUUCUUCUUGACUACUCUGCAGACUGACACUGUAAAUCAUUCUCCUCUCUGCCAUACUGUUUUCUCUAGGUUUUCUCCAUAGUUGGUCUUUUGUUGUCGUUCAGUCAUUUUU